UGUAGCCAGUUGUUAAAGCGAAAUGGAGGAACUAAAUUCUAGUUGUAGUGGUGCAAGCUUGUCAUUCAAGGUCAGCCUGGGCUAUAUAGCAAGACCCUGUCUCAAAAACAGAAAAAGAAAAAAAUUGGGGGGCGGAGACCAAGAGGAUCAUAGUUUAUGACCAGCCUGGACAACAGUAAGUGAGAACCCCCCCAUCUCACUCAAUAAGUCUGGUGUGGUGGGUGCAUCUAUGAUCCCAACUACAUGGGAAGCUCUAAGUAGGAGAAUCAGGGUCCAAGGCCAGCUCUGGGCAAACACUGGAGACCUUACCUUGAAAAAUGGCUAAAGCAAAAAAGGCUGGAAUGUGACUUCAAGUGCUAGAACACCCGCCUAGCAAGAGUGAGACCCUGAGUUCAAACCUCAGUAUGCCAAGAAAGAAAAAAGAAAGAAUGAAGGAAUUGGUAAGGGUGGACAAAAUGUGUAAGAAGACUAGAACCCAGUUUACAGAUAGGGCCUCACUUUUCCCUGGAGUCAGCCCCAGACCUUCCUAACUCCACUUCCUGGAUAGCUGGGAUACAGAUGCUGGGAGCCCCGCCCCUGCUGUUGGCAGCAAUCUUACUGGGCCUCCUGCUGCUGGCCUUCCUGCUGUCGCUGAGAUACUGGGGCUGGGGUUUGUUAGCUGUCUUCUGGUUCGAGUUCGUGCAGCAGCCGAUCUACAACCUGAUCAUGGGUAACACCAAGGAACAGCGCAUCCUACAGCACGUGCAGCAGCAUGCAAAGUGUGGAGACCCCCAGAGCGUGCUGGAGGCCAUCGACACUUACUGCUCGCAGAAGGAAUGGGCCAUGAACGUGGGAGACAAGAAAGGCCAGAUCAUGGACGCAGUGAUUCAGGAGUACAGCCCUUCCCUGGUGCUGGAGCUGGGGGCUUACUGCGGCUACUCGGCAGUGCGCAUGGCCCGCCUGCUGCUGCCCGGAGCAAGGCUGAUCACGAUGGAGAUCAACCCUGACUUUGCUGCCAUCACCCAGCAGAUGAUAGAAUUUGCAGGCCUGCAGGACAAGGUCACCAUCCUGGUUGGGGCCUCCCAAGACCUCAUCCCCCAGCUGAAGAAGAAGAAUGAUGUAAACACGCUGGACAUGGUCUUCCUUGACCACUGGAAGGAACGCUACCUGCCAGACACGCUUCUGCUGGAGAAGUGUGGCCUGUUGCGGAAGGGGACAGUGCUCCUGGCUGAUAAUGUCAUCGUCCCGGGAACGCCAGAGUUCUUGGAAUAUGUGCGCGGGAGCAGCAACUUUGAGUGCACACACUACAGCGCGUACCUGGAAUACAUGAAGGUGAUGGAUGGCAUGGAGAAGGCCAUCUACAUGGGCCCGGGCAGCCCCGGGCAGCCUUGACUGCCCACCCACACUGGACUCCCCACCAAGCCCCCUUCUAAAAGGCAAGACAGACAUAUCCCUGCUAAGCCCACUUCUGUGGUUCUGGGUCUGUCCUCAAGCGAAACCCACUUCAGGUUUAAGAGCCUGACCCUUCUGUGCCACUGUUGUAAACUGUCACACGUGGCACACUCUGAAGGGUAGUGGGCUCACUGUGCAAAGCCACUGCAAUAAACCUAGAAAGUAACUACUGACAGAGACAGAAUUGAGGAGCUAGAGGUGUAGGGUGGACUACAGUACUUGCUUAGCAUGCAUGAGGCGCCAGGAUUCAAUCCCCAGCACUGAAGAAAAGGAAAAAAAGACCAAAGUGAAGCAUGUAAUGUCCCAGACAGUAUCACUCGCCAGCAAAUGUGACCAAUAGGGUUUCUGCAAGGGCAGAUUCUCGGGCACCCAUGUGUCUGUUAGGCCCAGGAAGCUGUGAAGGAGUUGGAAACAUCUGGAAACUGCGGUGCCUUGCACUCAACCUUAAGGUUUGCCAUCACUAGGUGGCAGCAGUGCCUGUGUGACAUUGCCACCACCACCUUGCACCACUCUUCUGACUCGCUAAGUUUUGCCUUUUUUUAAAGAAUGAAUUGUAAUCUCUUUACUAAAAUUGGCUAGCUGUAAUAAUCUUAUAUACUAAAGUCAUGUUUGAAAGACAAUAGAAAAAAAGAAAUUAAAGAUUUAAGUAUUCAGCUAAAA